CUCAUAUGACCACUAUAGCAACGUGCCCCACCCCUUACUCUCCAUUUACUAUAAAUACCUUGCCAAACACUCCUUCAAUAUAUAUCCCACAAACUAACUAACACACAAUAAACCCUUGAAACUAAACACCUAUAACCUUCUCUUCUCUAGCUUCCAACACCACCCCUCAAAAUCAAACAAUGGCCACCAUUUCGUCGAAAAUAGCCAUCAUCGGGGCUGGGAUUAGCGGCAUAGCGGCGGCUAAACAACUAGCCAAGUACGAGCCGGUGGUGUUCGAGGCCACCGACUCGAUAGGAGGUGUAUGGAAACAUGCCUCUUUUCGGUCUACAAAACUUCAAACACCUCGUUGUGACUAUGAAUUCUCUGAUUUCCCUUGGCCUAAUAGGGAUGACUCUUCUUUCCCAUCUUAUGCUGAGAUCAUUGAUUACUUGGACUCCUACACCACCCACUUUGAUGUCCUUAAGUUCGUUAAGUUUCGUUCCAAGGUGGUGGAGCUCCGCUACAUCGGGGACGGAGACCACCGUGAAGGACAGGGCGAGUAUGGGAGGUUGUUGACCGGCCGCCCGGCGUGGGAGGUCGCCGUUCAAACUAACGAUGACUUCGACUCCAUUGAGAGGUACACCUUUGAGUUUGUGGUGGUAUGUAUCGGAAAAUAUGGCGACGUCGCGAAAGUACCAAGUUUUCCAGCAAAGAAAGGGCCAGAAGUGUUCAAAGGAAAGGUGCUACACACUCUUGAUUAUUGCAAAUUGAACAAGGAAGAAGCUUCUUCACUUGUUAAGGGAAAGAGGGUUGCAGUUGUUGGAUACAAAAAAUCUGCAAUAGACCUUGCUGUUGAAUGUGCUCAAGCAAACCAAGGUAUGGAUGGGAAAGCAUGUACCAUGGUGAUACGAACUUUGCAUUGGACUGUUCCACAUUACUCUGUUUGGGGUUUGCCAUUUUACUUGUUUUACUCAACAAGAUCUUCACAAUUUAUCCAUGAGAGGCCUCACCAAAACACUCUUAGGGCUUUGACGUGCCUCUUCUUAUCUCCUAUGAGAGGGGUUGUGUCGAAAAUUAUAGAGAGUUACUUGCUUUGGAAGCUUCCAUAUGAGAAGUAUGGGCUAAAACCAGAGCAUCCCUUCGUGGAGGAUUAUGCAAGUUGUCAAAUGGCAAUCUUACCUGAAAACUUCUUCACUGAGGCUGAUGAGGGAAGAAUCAAGUUUAAGAAGGCGUCGAAAUGGUGGUUUUACGAAAAUGGCCUCCAAUUCGACGAUAAUAGCAAGCUUGAGGCCGAUGUAGUGAUUUGCGCAACCGGUUAUGAUGGCAAGAAGAAGCUCGAAUCCAUACUACCACAACCUUUCACUAGCUUCCUUGAUUAUAAUGGUGUAAUGCCAUUGUACAAGAGCACAAUAAACCCUAUGAUCCCAAACAUGGCUUUUAUAGGCUACAUUGAGUCAGUAUCAAACCUACAAACGGCUGAGCUACGGUGCAAGUGGCUCGCGAGGCUGGUGGAUGACCGGUUCAAGCUCCCUAGUGUCGAGAAUAUGCUCGGCCAUGUCGAAAGGGAGGUGGAAGUUAUGAAGAGGACAACAAGGUUCUACAAAAGGCAAUGUAUUUCAACCUAUAUUAUUAAUCAUAAUGAUGAACUAUGUGAAGAAAUGGGGUGGAAUUCCUGGAGGAAGAAAAGCUGGUUUUCUGAAGCAUUCAGCCCUUACACUAGUCAAGAUUAUGACGAUGACAACAACAACGACAAUUAAUCAAAGCAAAGAUCAACUAAUUACAUGUAUAAUGUUCUAAUGUUCAACUAUCAUAUAUCAUUUAUUUUUAUAAUCACCAGGGAGGAAAUAUCUCUAGUGGUUAAGGAGCAAAAUAAAACAGAUACAAAAUCUGUGAUUAAGGAAAUAUAGUAAAGCAUUUUUUAUUUUUUUAGGGCAUAUAAAAGGGUUUAUAACGCAUUGUAACAUCAUGUAAUA